AUGGCUGCGAAAGACCAGGUCGAGAGUUUAACUGAGGAGGCAACAUGCCCCAUCUACCUCGAUUUCUUUGCCGAUCCGGUUAUACUGGAGUGUGGGCACAACUUCUGCCGCUCCUGUAUCACACAGAGUUGGGACAAGGAGAGGAGAAACUCCUGCCCGGAAUGUAGAGAGGAGUUUGUAGACCGCAGCCUCGGGGUGAAUCGAGCUUUGGGGAGACUGUCUGAGAAAGUUCGAACACUGAGCCUAAACCGGACUGAGAAGGAAAGUAAACUUCAGUGCGAGGAACAUCAGGAAGAACUCAAGCUGUUUUGUGAAACGGACAAGAAGCUGAUCUGUCUCUGGGAAAGAUGUCUGUUGACCACCGGAUGUGGUUCGGGUGAAACCCCGGGCAAGGUUUCAGUUGUCCGCCCGCCUGUGCCUGAGGCCGAGCGGCCUCUCCUACCCCUGUCCCGGGGCCGCGCUGCCCGAGUCUCCCCCCGACCGACCACCCCUGAUUCUCUGCUUCUCCCCCCAGUCUCCGUCACCCUGGAUGUGGAAACAGCGCAUCCGCAGCUCGAGGUUUCUGAGGACCGGAAGAGGGUGAGACGGACCCGGACCCGGAGGCGUCUCCCUGACACCGGGAAGAGGUUUACAGACUGGGGGUGUGCGCUGGGAUCGGAGGGAUUCACAUCGGGGAGACAUUGCUGGGAGGUGGAGGUGGCGGGGAAUCAGUGGUGGAGUCUGGGAGUCGCCGCUGAGUGUGUGGAGGGGAAUGGAGAGGACGACCUGACCCCGGAGACUGGAGUCUGGAGCAUCAGGCGGUGGGAUGACGAGUUUGAUGCAUUCAACUCACAUCCAUCCCGUCUCCCCGACCGUCCCAUCCCACGUCUCAGUUACGUGUCCGGGACAGUUUCAUUUUACGACGCGGACACCAAGUCCCCUCUCUACAUCUCCACUGGGAAUAAAUUCACAGAGAAAUGUUAUCCUCUCUUCGGGACUUGUGAUGAAAACUGGCUGAGAACCUGCUCCGGUUCCGCUCCGGGUGUGUAAAAGGGUCGGGUCCCGGGACCGGCGUCAGGAGCGGGGCUCAGUGACUGUGGGGCAGAAACCCGGUGGACAACAGGUCGGCGCUGGACGGCUACCAUUUAAUCCCCAAAUUCCGCGUCGUGAAACCCCAGUGAGCGCGGAAAUAAAACUAGGGGGAAUGCAAACGUGGGAAGAGUGAAAUAAACAGCAACUGAAAUCAGCAA